AUGCACUUCGUCAACAAGUUUACUCUGGCCCUCGUCGCCUCGCUGGCGGCCGUUGGUGAGGCCGAGCACCAUGCUCACCGCGUUCACUUCGUCCACAGCGGUCAGCCCAGUGGCUCUCCCUCUCCCUUGCCUACAAUCACUCGUACUAUCUUGCCGACCCCUCCAGCUCCAUCUGGUUCGGCUUCUUCGGGAGUUGCUCCCUCUGGUCUCCCUUCUUCCGGUGUUCCCUCCUCCAGUCUUGUCCCCUCUAGCAGUGGCCCCAUUCCCAGCUCCUCCGUGUCCAUUCCUCUGGGAACUGGAGUGCCUGGUGCCGGUGCUUCUUACACUCCGGGCAGCAGUGCCACGGGUGACCUGACCCUGACUUACACUCUGGGAUCUGGUACUUCCACCAGUGUCGUCACUACUACCAUUCACCGCACCGCUACGGACUAUAACACUGUCUAUGCUACUGAAACUCCCGAUGCCAAUGGCCACAACCAGGGCGGUUCGGAGCAGACAACCACCUUGCACUCCACUGCCACUGAGACCGUCACCCUGGUCGAGGUCCCCACUGAGAGCGCUGGUGGCGCAGGUUCCUGCCGCCCUGUUACUGUGACUGUCACUGAGACCCAGACCGUAACCGCCAACGGUGCCACUGCCACCGAGACCCCUAGCGGCAACAACCACCAGCAGGGCGGCCAGGGUGAAGGUGAGGGCAACGGUCAUCACCAUCACCACAGCCAGGGUGGCGAGAGCACCACCACCAUUGAGGUUAUCCCGACCCCUAGCGCUACUUUGAGCCCCGGCCGUCCCCCCUUCGGCAACGGCACCAGCCCCUUCUUGUCGUCCAGCCCCAUCGCCUCCUCGGGCUUCGCGACCAGCUCCAUCCCGGUCCCUUCUGGCACCCCUAGCGCUCACCCUAGCGGUUAUCCUACCCCCUCUGGAAUCCCGAGCUCCCGUCCGUUCCCGACCAACUUCCGUCGCCGCUUCAUCUAA